GCUGUUUUUCCAGCUUUUACGCACAACGAAGGCGCUGGAUUGGAUUCCUCUCCUCCUUCUCCGAACAGAUACGCGUCUCUCUCUCUCUCUUUCUCUCUCUCUCUCUCCUCCUCCUCUUCUCUUGUCAGUGGAAGGUGUGUUAACUUUCCGAAGGCGACAACAUUUCAGUCUUCUCUCGAGGUAAAUGCUUUAUCAGACAGAGACGUUCAUUUCUACAGAAGGAGGACAGAUUACGAGACUGUGACUGUGACGGCUCUCGUGUUUUUUUUUUUUUUUACCCGAACCUAAACCUGUUUGCAGAAAUGACUGGCUAUUCCUCCAAAUGAGAAAGUCUUUUCUUUUUCUUUCUUUCUUUUUUUUUUUUUGUUUGUUUUUUUUUUCUUCUGGGCGACACCAGCAUCAGCACCCAAACCAUGAUGAUGUACAGGCGGAAAGAAGCGACAGUAUUUGGAUUGUCAAGAAGUCAAAGAUUCCAGCGUGGUGAAUUCUGAAUGCCAUAAUCACCUUUUACUGACAUCCACGUGAAUUACAGAGGAACACAACUUCUUUUUUUUUCUCCACUUGUCUGUUUUUUCUGCUUCCUUAAUAAAAGUAAUAUCACCGAAAAUCUCCUCCGACUGACCUUUAACCUUUGUUGCUAUGGAGAACCUUAGCGAGCUCCAGAAUCCAUUGUUGGACAAAAACAGUAAGCACAUGGUGAAUGGUUACGGGGGUGACUUCCCCAAUAACCAAUACCAGGAAAACAUUAUUAAUUAUUUUGCUGGUGGAGGUGGAGGUGAAGGAGGAGGCGCAAAGGUGAAUAACGGCACCGUGGUGAGUGGAGGAAGCUAUAAUACCAAUGGGAAGAUGAAAUCACAGCAGCUUUUAGACGCCACCUCGCUGCAUCUGGCAGUCGAGGCCUUCUACAGGCCCAACUUCAUCCUGUAUAAGGAGGACAGUGGGAGCAUCAAAGCUAAGGAAUACAAAAGUGAGUGUUGUGAGACCACCUUCACAGAGAAGAAAUCGAAGGAGGCGUCGAACACAGCGGGGGCAGACGCGCCUGGCACGGAGGAUCCCCAAGCAAAGCUGCUGGAGGACGGAGAACACAUCAAGAUUCAGACUGUUUCCUAUGAGGUGGAGGAGGAAGAAUAUGUGGAGUAUGAGACGGACUGUUCCAGCGACAGCGAGAGUGAGGACAAUUUCAUAGUCGUCCCUCCAAGAGACCACCUGGGUCUUGCCAUCUUCUCUAUGCUCUGCUGUUUCUGGCCUCUGGGGAUUGCAGCGUUUUACUUCUCACAGGGGACCACCAAGGCGGUGAACAAAGGUGACUUCCCUCUGGCCAACAUUGCUUCUCGACGGGCUUUGUUCCUGGCCGCCCUCUCCAUCACUAUAGGCACUGGUGUAUAUGUGGGGGUGGUGGUAGCUCUCAUUGCCUACCUUUCUAAACCAGGACACAUAUAGCAGCCGCACCUUCCCAAACACACCUCCGGGGAGCCUAGGAAGAGAACAAGCCCUCUGGGGAUGGCAAUGCUCCUGCAGACUUGGAGGAAAGUUUUUUGGGGAUGUACAGUUUUUUCCUCCAUCUUUCUUUCUUCCCAGCCUCCUCUCCCCAUAGGCCCUCUGUCAGCCAAGAUUAGUCACACUGACUGGAGAGAGGUCAGAUCGGAGGGUGAGAAGUAGGGGAAUUGGGCAUACUUUUUGUUGAGACACCGGGUUUAUGUAAUGGGAAUUUUCCAUGUCGGAGCCCAGUUUGCGUCCCAUUGACUUAAAACCCCCCGAUGGCAAAUCACUUUAUCUCAGCGGUUUUGAACUUCCGAGACCCCUGCCGAAACUUUGAGGAGAAAAGACUGAGACAAAAUCCUGCAAACUUAAGCGAAUCCUCAAGAGCAGAGGUGGAAGUGGGUUUAAGAUUAACACAAAAUCAUCCCUAAACCACUUGUAUGUUGAUGUUUCAUGAGCUGCAGUUUAAAAAUUGGAGUCCCUUCCCAUGAUGCCUCCUGUCAUCUCUAUACCCUGAAAGUCUUUUAAUGGAUCCAGUUAAUCAAAACUUCCUUCAUCUACUCGAAACAGCGGAGGAGAUAAUAAAUAUGUGACGGCACCCGCAGUUUCUUAAAUCCUGACAAAGGAGUACUUUCAUAUCCAGAAAAAUAUUGAACUACUGAUAAUAGUUUGAUCAUGGAGAAUAAAGCUCUGAGAGAUGGAGGAAAAAAAAAAAAAAAAAACAUCAAAUAUGACCGUGAACAGAGGCUGCUUCUUUCAUAUGGAACAAUAUGCACUGGCAUGGAUUAGAACAAUCUCGAUGGCGCCUCAGGCCUGUAUUUUGAAGGAGUUACUGUUCAUCCAUCAGAGACAAGCCCUGAAAUCCAACAAAGUCUGUUCACGCCAGGAAUGGUUUACCUACACACAUGCAAACAUGCUUAGUCUUCUGUUUGUCUUUUUGUGUUCCCUGCUGUCUAAAAGCACCUUGGGUAAGCUCACUUUAAGGAAUGUUCGGUUACGAUCUUUGAUGUAACGCACAGAUGUGCUUUAGCCAGAUGGUCCUAAAUCACAGGGCAGCGACGCCCAGUGUUUCUAUAUCAACACAGUAUGAGACGAAGCAACAGCCAUUCACAAUGGAUGAGGAAGUUAUAAAUCAGGUAGAUCCUGUCAUUAAAAGGCAGGCCUUACUUAUCCUGCAGGGCUGCACAUAUAAACCAAGUGUCACAGUCUGACAGCAUUGAAUUCACUGGGUAUCAAUUAUUCUUUGCAUGACUGUAGCUGUGCCAGCAGUGAACUGCCACGCAUGAUUGAUUGGAUUUAGAACUUUGUUUUUUUUUUUUUGGCAGACCAUAAAAAAAGCUUAAAUUAAAAUUGAUUAGAAUCUGAAGGGGUCAUAUUUUGUACAAUGUUUUAACCCUGCAAAUUCUCCAUUCAGCUUUUUAGCACAGAUGGUAUUUUAUCAUAAUAAGGCACUGGGACAAUACAGUUUGAUCUAUGAAUAUUAGCCCUCGUCUUAAAUUUUCAAUAAAUUUUAACUCAACCUUGUAAAACAAACGUUUGUGCAAGACGGGAAAUAAUGUCUGACUAAUUAUAUGACUGGCUUAUUAAUUAAAGUUUUUUCAUUUUGCCUUUUAUGCUGUAGAUUAUAAGCCAGACAGAUGCUAGUUCAAGCCCCCAAGAGGUGACAUUAUACACUUAGUUUCCUUGCACAGGUCGUGCAUUAGUCAUACCUGACAUUUAUGGUGCACAAUUAGCUUCCCAUAAUGGCUUUUUCUGAAGGAAUGUGUACUCUCUGGAGCAUAGCCCAAAAUAGCACAACCACAUUAAUUUCAAUAAUAAGCCACUUUUGGCAUCACUGGUUGCUGUCAAACCUUGCAAGUAAACAAUCCAUUUACACAUCCUCUGAACGUUUUUAAAAUAAACAUAUAAGCCGAUUCUGUUCUGCUAAUGAUGAGUGAGUACUGCUCAUAUUCAUAAUGUUUUGCAAAAAUGAAACAGUAGCUCAGACCUGGAGGUUUUUUGGUUUAUUUUUGGCUCCCUGUAUGAAUAAACAUCCUCCUCUGAAUAAGGCGGUCAGAUAAAGACAGAUUUAUUUGUAUGGAGUCCUCCGAUUCAGCUCAUUGAGUUUAUUGUCAUCUGUUAUUCCUGUGUAUGUUUGGUCUUAUUCCGGACUACAUUCAGGCAGCUCAUGAGAUUCACGAUGAAACAUCUGUACGCACACACCAUCACCAUCUCUGUAUCUAUACUGAAAGACUCUGUAUGUUUGCUUUCAUCUCUUACAGAAAGUUUUACUGCUGAUAAUAAUGAACAUGCUUUGUGUUACGUAGCGUGUCAUUCAAAUGAUGUGUUUUUUUAAUCUGGCUUCUUUGGCAACCUGGUAUUGUACAAUGUGUUACAACAGUAAGUGGUUUCAAAGCUGUUGUGUUUCUUUUCUAUUUGUGAUGACUCUAUCUACACAUCAGUGCGACAAAGGUGUUUGCUGAAUGCAUUUCUCAAUCCCAGGGGGAGAAUGCUCUCUUUGUGUCAUGAGCUAAAGCAGUGUUAAAGAGGAUUUUUUUUUUUUAAAUUACAUUUAUGUUUUGAGAUUUUUUUAUCUCAAUGAACGUGUGUGAAGGCUACAUGUACAUAGUGCAAAUAACAUGUUCAAAUGUAAUGACAAAUAAACUAGAAAGGAAGGAUGACCUUUCUUAAAAGCAA